GUGAAACUAAUUCAUGAAAUUGCUUCAUGCCAUGGAAUUUUAAUUACAUCUUAUUCAUACAUUCGACUGAUGCAGGAUAACAUCCACAGAUAUGACUGGCAUUAUGUGAUUCUGGAUGAGGGUCACAAAAUCCGAAAUCCAAAUGCUGCAGUCACACUCGCAUGCAAGCAGUUCCGCACACCUCAUCGAAUCAUCUUGUCUGGCUCCCCUAUCCAAAAUAACCUGAAGGAGCUCUGGUCCCUCUUUGACUUUAUAUUCCCAGGGAAACUGGGAACACUACCUGUGUUCAUGGAACAAUUUUCUGUACCAAUAACCAUGGGAGGAUAUUCCAAUGCCUCUCCUGUGCAGGCACAAACUGCAUACAAAUGCGCCUGUGUGUUACGGGACACCAUAAACCCUUACUUGCUGCGAAGAAUGAAGGCUGAUGUAAAAAUGAGCCUUUCACUUCCAGAUAAAAAUGAACAGGUCCUCUUUUGCCGUUUGACAGAUGAGCAGAAUCGAGUCUAUCGAAAUUUCAUCAACUCUAAAGAAGUUUACGACAUUCUCAAUGGAGACAUGCAGAUUUUCUCAGGACUAGUAGCUUUGAGAAAGAUUUGCAACCACCCUGACCUCUUCUCUGGUGGUCCUGGGAUUUUGAAGGGUGUACCAGAUGCUGAAGUGGAGGAAGCAGAUCAGUUUGGAUACUGGAAACGUUCUGGAAAAAUGAUAGUGGUAGAAUCCUUGCUGAAAAUAUGGCACAAGCAAGGCCACAGAGUGUUGCUUUUUACUCAGUCGAGACAGAUGCUGCAGAUCUUUGAAGUCUUUGUGAGAGACAGAAACUAUUCCUACCUCAGGAUGGAUGGUAACACAACAAUAGCUUCCAGACAGCCCCUUAUAACAAGAUUUAAUGAGGACAAAUCCAUAUUUAUUUUUCUUCUAACAACUCGUGUUGGUGGCAUUGGAGUUAACUUGACUGGUGCUGACCGAGUUAUUAUUUAUGAUCCUGACUGGAAUCCCAGUACGGACACACAGGCUCGUGAACGUGCUUGGAGAAUAGGCCAAAAGAAACAUGUGACUGUGUAUAGGCUUCUCACUGCAGGUACUAUUGAAGAGAAGAUAUACCACAGACAAAUCUUCAAACAGUUUUUAACAAAUAGAGUGCUGAAAGACCCUAAGCAGAGGCGCUUUUUCAAAUCCAAUGACCUUUAUGAACUUUUUACUCUGAGCAGUCCAGAUGUGUCUCAGGGGACAGAAACAAGUGCAAUUUUUGCAGGUACUGAUUCAAAUGUUCAAGUCCCAAAACACCAACUGAAACGGAAACUUGAAAAGACAUCUGAUAAUGAUGCUUCUAAAGGUGAUUUCCAUCUUACAGAAGGCAGAUCAGCAAAGUACAGGAAGUCAUCCAAUUCCUACUCAAACACCCACAUGACAAAUUCUUCUUCUAAAGCAAUAGAGACAAGUGAGGAAACCAAAGGAAAUUUGGAAGCCUUUGACCAAAAUAGCUGUGCAAAAGAUAAUGCACAAGCUGCUACUAAUAUAAAUUCAUUGAAUAAAAGCAAGGAGGAAAGCUUGGAAAGAGCUGACAAAUCUAUGUCCCAGUCAUUGCCAGGUGAUGCAGCAUCUUCAGAGAAUGCCAAAUAUCUGGAUGCUGUGGUGGCUGAUGAAGUACAUGGAGAAGCUAAUGCAAAUGUCAAGGGAGAUUUUAGCCUUAUGUGUGGUGCAGCUGGCUCUUGGGAAAAACAGGUUGCUAAAACUGAAGAUGGGCAAGUAGAUAAUAAUCAUCAUAAAUGCACCUCAAAAACAAAGCACAGGGUCGAUAUGUUGUUGCAUGAGCGCCACAAAGGUAAGUCUAAGAAGAAACAUCACAAAGAUGCCAAAUUUGAAGGAGAGCGCAUUCCUCAUCUAGUGAAACAAAAGCGAUACAAAAAGGAGAACAGUGAAGAGAAGGAGGAAGACUCAAAGAAAAGUGAUGACUACAUUUUGGAGAAACUUCUCAAAAAAUCAGGGGUACACAGUGUUAUGAAGCAUGAUGCUAUUGUGGAAGCUUCCAGUGCAGAUCACGUAUUGGUGGAAGCAGAAGCAAACAGAGUGGCCCAGGAUGCCUUAAGAGCCUUAAAAGUCUCUCGACAACGAUGUUUAGGAGCUGCUUCUGGUGUGCCAACCUGGACAGGUGUGAGUGGUCUUUCAGGUGCACCGUCAGGAAUAAGGUGUCAGUUUGGUCAAAAAAGAAACCCCAUGCUGCGUUCUUCACAUUCCAUUUGUCCAUCACCUGCAAAGAAGUGCAAGGAUGCAGAUGCAAUAAAGAAGUAUAGUUCCAAUGGGCAGUUUGAUGGAAAAUCUGGAGAAUCAUCGUCUAGUGCACUAGAAUCUUCAUCUUUAUUAGCUAAGAUGAGGGCAAGAAACCACCUUUUUUUCCCACAACAGACAGAGAAUGAGGGAGAUGAGAAUCAUCCGCAAGCACGCACCCCAGCCCCGGUUUCAACAGAAUACGAUGAACUGCUCGUGGACGUGCGUAACUUCAUAGCGUUCCAGGCCCGCGUGAACGGCGAGGCUAGCACUCAGGAAAUACUACACAAAUUUGAGUCCAGACUGCCUGCAGCACAGUCCUGCGUCUUUAGAGAACUUCUCCGCAAUCUCUGCACCUUCCAUAGAAACUUGAACGGUGAAGGCGUCUGGAGACUAAAGCCAGAAUUCCACUGA